ACGCGAGUGGAGGGCGUCACGAAGAGUACAACCGCCGGAUUCGAUGGAGUGCAACAUCUGCUUGGAACCGUUCGACGCGACAGAGCGUCGCCCCAAGGUUCUCCGCUGCGGGCAUUCGUACUGUGUGAAAUGUCUGGGCCGCCUCGCCGACAAGAAGUGCCCUGUUGACAUGAAGGUCUUUGAUGGGGAAGCUGUGGAAUUACCUGACUGUUUCAUCGUACUACAGAACCUGCAAGUGCCGUUGCCUCAGCGCUUCUGGUGCAUCAGCUGCGAGAAAGAGGCAGACGCUGCCUGUGUGGAGGACCACCCCGUGCGCAGCCUGAGGAAGGCCCGCGUCCAGGAGGCAGCGCCGCGCGUGGAGGCCCUGCAGCAGGUCGAGGCCACUCUGGAGGAAAUGGUCGACGCAGUGGACGCCGCGGCCCGGGGCGCGGCCCGCGACCUCUGUGAGACGCUGCGCGGGAAACAGCAGAGGCUGGCUGCCGUGAGAGGCCGCCUGCAGGCAACGCUCGGGGCCGAAGCCGCCACUUGGGAGCAGGCCAAGAAGGACGCGGAGGUGGAAGGUUAGGCUCGUGUACCACACGGCGAAGGAAAUUCCAAAUUUGAGUUCUUUUCUGGUAUUUACUGAGUAUAGUCGUGGGGCAGAUUUCUGCUCAGUCCUGUCGCUUGAGAGUCAUUCCAUAUAAGAUUUACACGGAUCUGGGUCACCUUUGACGAUUUCGACCAAAUUUGGUACGAAGGUAGCCCUAGUGGUCAGGAACAUGCCCACAAAUUUUUAGGUCGAUAUCUCAAGUGGUUUCGUCAGAAUCGGCAUUUUAAUUUUUUACUCUUAAAAAUCUUGUAAUUUCUUCACAAUAGCUCAACAAGGCUAUUUUUUGUCCGAUUUUUAUGCGGUUAAUCUAUUCUGACGUAAAAUGCGAUGAGGAAUCCGAAUCUGCCCUCAGAUUUGGUCUAGCGUGAUUACCAGUGGAGUAAAUUGCGAAAAACAUGAAAAUGAAGCCAUAUUUCACGAGCCUGCGUACCCUAGUAGAAAAUCCAAAUCUGCACUUCCGACCAAGCUAAAUUGUAGUUCAGUUUAUGGGCUUUCCAUAUAUGUAUUCAAAAAUAGUGGGUGUGGCCCUCCCUUAGGAGCUGUAGGCCGCAACAAACAACUCUGCACUCAAAUUUUAGCUAAGCAAAAUACACAUUUUUGAGCUUCAUAGCUCAGGGUGAUGAGCUACACGCAUGCCGCUUAUACCAUUCGAAAGGGAAUUUUAAGACGAAUCCAACGGUACCAAUAUGAGCCCGAUCGGGUAAGUGGAUGCCAAACUUCGCAAAAAUGCCGCUAAAACUCAAAAUUUGCAAUACAAGUUUUUCCAAUUAAGAAAAUAAGUAAACGGCAGCAUUUUAACUUGUCAAAUGUGUACUCACUUACUCAAAAUUUUAUAAGCUUUCGAUUGGUAUAUAGAAAAAGUUGGGUUUCGGCCUCUAAACACAAGAAUUCUCAAUUUUACUGAACCUGUGCGCGCGAAUCGGCUGAGACGCCCCGUGAAGGUAGGCAGCCAAUCCGGCGAGCAGUCUUUCCGUCUCUCUUGGGAUGUCUAGCUGUACCCGUACUAUCCCUCGCCCUACCCCCCCCCUCUCCCGCAACCUGCCCUGAUGGAAUUGGCCAAAAUAGGUGUCAAUCCACUCAGGAUGACCCCCUGAGUGGCUCUGCAAUUUUUUUUAGCAACUCCAAACCGUUCAGAUUCUAUAGCGAUUUGAAACUUUUGUCAACUUUGAAUGUCGCAUUCCUUGGCUACUUGGCAUUUGUAAUGAGAAAGGGACCAGCCAGGUUUCAUUGGCUUACCUACAAACUAUUGUUUCCAUAUAAGCAAUAAAAUUAGGAAAAAGAUGAAAAACUUGGAAAUAUUUAAAAAAAAAUGAUUAAAACUUCACAAAAAUAGAGCUUGCUAGAAUAGGUGGUCCUUCCAUAUUGGUGAUACUUGGCUCAGAGCUCACCUACCCUUAGUCGAACAAGCCCACAAAAUUUCAGGUCUGGCCCAGCUUUUAAGCUGUUGAUCGGUCCACAUUUGUUACUUUAAGACCUAAUAAUGGUAUCGUAAUUUGAACUGAGAUGGUUGGAGUGACCGUUCAGGUUUUACAGCGAUGUGAAACUUUUGUCAACUUUGAAUGUCACAUUCCGUGGCCAUUUGACAUGUGUAGUCAGAAAGGGUCCAGCCAGGUUUCAUUGGCUUCCCUGUAGACUUUUGUAUUCAUAUAAGUAACAAUAUUUGGAAAACGAUGAAAAACUUGGAAUUACUAAGAAAAAACUGAUGAAAACUUCACAAAAAUAGAGCUUGCAAAUAAAGGCGGUCCUUUGAUUUUGACGAUACUUGGUUCAGAACUCAUCUCCUAAGUCGAACAAGGCCACAAAAUUUCUACUCUGUCCCAGCUUUCUAACAAUUGAUCGGUCCACAUUUUAUACCUUAAGACCUCAUUUUGGUAUCGUAACUUGAACGGCAUGAGCCAAGAGUGUUCGUAUUAAAUCUAAGAAUCACUUUUGAGCUGGAAUCUUUGUGUUGAAAUCUUGAUAAGGUUUUAAAAUGAAGCAAGGAGAAUACUUAGUCUGGAAAGCCGAUGCAGACUGAAAUGAUAAUCGCGGUUUCUCGAAAACGGCUUGGCCACAAAAUUUCAUACUUGGUAGAGAGACUGGCAAUAGACCGGGCCCGCCCCCGGUGCGGUCAAAUCCGGCCCGACAUUGCCUGUUUGCCUACUGGCGUGAUCGGCUUGAAAAACGGAGACCGCCGUAUCUCGGCUCCUGAGCACGAUAUCGAAAAUCGGGCUUUGUAGCGUUGUAGUCCAACUCGUUCCCUGCCGCCUUCUCCAAAUUUCAAGUCAAAACCUUGAACGGUGUGGCCGUAGUUUACUAAACGCCGAGACGAAAAAUGCGAAAUGUGACCACGUCGCCUGUGGGUCGAGGGGAUCCCCACCAGGUGACUCUCUACGUGUCUGGCUCAGGGAAAUACUCCCAGUGUUUCUUUCGGAUUUAAGACUCCGAAACGAAACCGGUUGCAGUUUACUUUUUGACACCCGAACAUUUCAAUUAAAACGAAUAUUUCGAAGUUUUACGUAUGGUGCCAAUUACGGAACAGUCUGGUAAAAUUUACCAGGAUUAUUAACCAGACACCUGGUAAAUGUCACAACACCCGAUCUGGUUACUGCAACUGAUCAUCUGGUGAGAGUUACUAGGAUUCUCGUAUGAGUAACUAGUACUCGUUUAACUAGGAUUGGUCUGGUACUUUUAACCAGACUUUUUUCUCAGUGUAGUUCCCUUUGUUUGGCGAUGGCAAUAUACCUGCUCGAGGGUUCGAGCCAGGCACGUGGCCCCGCCUGCCCAUCCCAACCCAGCCCCAUUCAGGCCAGGCCAUCAGAUCCAGAUCUAAUAUGGAAUGACCCUUGAUACACUCUCAGCACGUUACUGACUUUUGCUUAUUUUGUCAGUACUUAUGGAAGUAAUUAGUGCAACAAUAAUACGUACUUUUCCUUUUAUGAAGAACUACUUAGGAAAUAUUAAACAAGUUACUGAAGAUUUGGUUUUGUACAUAAUUUUACUUUGGGAAUAAGUCAUGAUUUCUUAGGAAAUACUUAGUAUUAUUGUUGCUUAUAAGGGAGGGUGGGGCAGUUUGAUACAAACGCCAAUAUUAAAGCAAUGAGGGCUGCCGAAGGAAAUGUGAGUGUGCACGAUCUUCUAUUUUCAUGAUCUUACUGAUUUGCGAUCGACACGGUCGUCAACGGUGCACCUUAGUGGCCUUGAAAAAAAGGUGAAACUUCGGUACCAUUGAAAUUGGCCUAAACUUAAAUUGGUAAGUCGCGGGAGUUUCCGUCUGGGUUGCGCUAGGAAGCAAUCAUCUCACGCACACUUAAUUCAUCUUUUAGUACCAUAUUAGGCAAACGUAAUGCACUCUCGGACACUGACGUAGCCCUCACCAAGUCCGGCGGGGAGCAGCACAACUGGAAUGGUGCCCUCUGGGGCAGUUUGAAACAGAUGUGGAUGGGGCAGUUAGAAACACAACAAUAUCACUAGAAAAACGUUUCAUGUUUUGGAAAGCGAGCAUAAUGAUGAAAGUUAGUAAUUCCAGAUCACAUCAAUGGAGACGUUGUAUGUUUGACCCGUGACUUGCAUCAAUCAAAAUGCAACAUUUAUGGACUGUUGCAUGUUGUAAACUUUGCGGGCCGAAAAAAGCCUUUAUUUCAACUCAAAAACAGUAAUGUGUGUUAACAACUUUUGUUCGUCUCUCUGAGACGAAUCCAUUGCCGUACGUAUUUUCAAAAAAUUCGCAUUUUGAAAAAUAUGCGUUUUUGGCUUUUAAAUUGAUCCAGGAAG